CUUUCCCCCUUUUGCCCUCUUCUUCACGAGACACCGCCGCAACCCGCAACCGAAUCGGGAGACCCGCCGCCGCCGCCGAUGGCGAAGAAGCACAGGGACCCUGCCGCCGAGGCGGCGAGCGGCGACUCCCCGGCCGCGGCCAUCCGCUCCCUCUUCUCCGCGGACAACCCGUUCCGCCGGAAGGCCUCUACGGAGGAGGCCCCCGCCGCGACGCCCCUCCACAAGCAGCCCAGCCCUGUCGCCGAGGCUGCCGAGCCUUCGUCAAAGAAGAAGAAGAGCAAGGAGGAAGGCCCGCGGCCCAAGCGGAAGCGGGACGAGCUCGAGGCCGGCCGCGAGCGGCGGCGAGGCGCGGGCGCGGAGAAGCCGCCGAGAGUGGGGGAGAAGAGGAAGGCCCCCGAUGACGCCGCGGCCGGGGCAGGGGCCGGGGAGGAGGAAGAGGAGUUCGACGACGAGAGCAAGCUGCUCAGGACCGUGUUCGUGGGGAACCUGCCGCUGCGGACCAAGCGCAAGGUGCUCACCAAGGAGUUCGCGGCGUUCGGCGAGAUCGAGUCAGUCAGGAUCCGCUCCGUGCCGCUGGUCGACACCAAGCUUUCGAGGAAAGGGGCCGUUUUACAGGGGAAGGUCAAUGAAUUGGUUGACAAUGUGCAUGCCUACAUUGUCUUCAAAGAUGAGCAGUCUGCACGCACUGCUUUGUCUCAUAAUAUGGCACUGUUCGGUGGCAAUCACAUUCGUGUUGAUAUGGCAUGCCCCCCUCGUAAGAAACUUCGAGGAGAAGGGCCUCUUUAUGACAGAAAGAGGACCGUGUUUGUUGGAAACCUUCCAUUUGAUGUAAAGGAUGAAGAGGUCUACCAGGUGUUCUGCGGUUCCAGUGGAUCAGAAGGUGAUGUCGAGGCUAUACGUGUUAUCAGAGAUCCAAGUUCAAGCCUAGGGAAGGGUAUCGCAUAUGUUUUAUUCAAAACAAGGGAAGCUGCUAAUUCUAUUGCAAGAAAACAGGAUAUGAAGAUAAGAGAUCGUCUGUUGAGGCUCACCCAUGCAAAACCGGUGGACGCAACACCAAAGAAAACGGAAGUCCAGAAAAGGAGUCGUGUGCCAAAACAUAAGGAGAUUUCGACACCAGGCAGCAAAUCUAAUGAAGGCAGUGAGAAAGCCAAACGGAAGGCAUCAGCUUUGUCAUAUCAAGGCCUGAGAUCGAGCAAAUCUGGUGUUGUGAAGAAGGUGAAAGUGAACCAGCAACCCAGCAGCAAAGGGAAGCAGAGCAAAACUAAUGAAACUGGAGCGAGUGCUCGCAAAGAUAAGCGACCCGCUGUGGCUGCAAGAAAAGCAAAGCAGCUAGCCAAGAAACGCAAGGUGGAUGCCUCAACUCUUGAGAAUACACACAGGAGCAAGAAACCAAGGAAGUAGUUAUUUAUUGUGUUGUUGUUUGCCCUUGCCACAUUGUAGCAGGAGUUUCACUGAAUCGAAUUUUUGACAAGCUUGUCACCUGGUCAGAUGAUCUUGCAUAGAGGCAAUGUGCGGCCUUAAGUGAGGUUAGGGCAAUACAGGAGCGAUUCUGGAAAUGUAAGCAUGAUAUGAGUUCAAUGUAGUAACUCGGUACUCGCCACUAUAAACCUUGUAACCUUAUUUGAUAUUUGUUUUGUUUUUUGUACUAUUUUCCUCCACAAACAUUUGCAUCCUACUUACAACAUCACAAAGUUUGUUUGAAGUCAAA